AUGAGUUCUGAUACUGAGAAAACAGUUGAUGAUUUAGUAGUAAAUGCAAAAGACAAUCAACACAUUUUAAAAAAUGAUGAUAUUAAAAAGAAAAAUGUUGUCAAUGGAAAGACGCCAAGUGGUGAAGUUUUCAAAGUACCGCAAACCGCUGACAUGUUAACCUCUGUUUUCGAACCUAAUUCUAAAAAAUCCGCGUUCGAUGUAAUAAUCCUGGCAAUCAUGGGUUUUCAGAUCGUGUUAUUUUUUGUUCUUCCAUCACAUAUCAAACAAUGGGCUUUCUUAUUUCUUUUCGGACUCUGGAGAACUGCGUACAAUGUUGGACUAGGCAUGUUACUGAAAUAUCAAAGUGAUAAACAUGUAUUAGUAUCGUGGGUCAAACGUUUAAAGAUCUUUAAUAAAAAAGAGGGUGGCAAGUUGUAUAAGUUUUUUAAAGAGGAAUUGAGUGUUAAAAUGGGUGAUGAUUAUAAUUUUGAUGAUGUUCCUUUAGAGUUUAACACAUGGCUGCUCUUCCGUCAACUAGUUGAUCUUAUUCUUUUGAAUGAUUUCACCACAUAUAUUUGCUUUGCACUUGCUAAUUUUAAUAUUCCUGAAAGUUCUGGCAUCAUUAUGAAUAUCCUGCGUUGGGUUGGUGGUCUAUUCUUGUUAUGGUUCAAUAUUUGGGUGAAAAGAGAUGCACAUCGUGUUGUCAAAGAUUACGCUUGGUAUUGGGGUGACUUUUUCUUCCUUGUUGAUCAAUCACUAACAUUUGAGGGUGUAUUUGAAUUGGCACCACAUCCAAUGUAUUCAGUUGGAUAUAUAGGUUAUUAUGGCAUAUCUUUGAUGAUGGCUAGCUAUACUGUGUUAUUCGUAAGCUUGGUAGCUCAUGCUUCACAAUUAGCCUUUUUAUCAUUAGUUGAAAAUCCUCAUAUUGACAAAAUAUAUAAUCCACCAACGCCUCUUAAUGCUAAACUUUCAAACCAAAUCAUACCAAAUACUCAUUCACAAAUAUCUUCAAAUGAGUCCAUCAAAUCUUCUGCUCCAGAUUUAUCCCCUACAUUAAACUAUCACUUUCGUGAUCUUAUAGUUUUUAAGAAUUUUGACCUUUUACGUUCAAAUGAUCUUUUUGUUGCCAUUAUUAUAUUCUAUACUACUGUUAUCCCAUUGUUUAUUGUCGGCGUUUCUGAUAACUUUGUUAAACUUUUCUUUAUCACUCAAUGUGUUGUAUGGAGGAUAUUUCAUUCGUACAUAUUAGGUGUUGUUUUAUUUUAUCAGAGCAAAGAAAAACUUUUGACAAAACAUUAUAUUAAAUUUGGUGGUACUGUAGGUGAUGCAUUUGAUAAUUGGAAGAGCACAUAUAAUCUUUCUUUAUGCAUGACGUAUGUAACGUUUAUUUCUGCUGCUUGGAAAAUGUAUUACUUUCCUGAAGAUUGGACCUAUGGUAUGGUAUUAUUGCGCCAUGUUUUCGGUGUAUUAUUGAUAGCUUUACAUAUAUGGGCAUCAGUUUCCGUGUUUGAAGUUCUUGGUGAUUUCGGUUGGUUCUAUGGUGACUUUUUCCUUGAUAAUUAUCCGACAACAUUAUAUUACAAUGGUAUUUAUCGAUUCUUUAACAAUCCUGAGAAACUUAUGGGUCAAGCUGCAUUUUGGGGUAUCACUCUUAUGGCAAAUAGUUGGCUUAUUUUUGGCUUGGCGUUAUUUGCUCAAAUUUCAAACCUUUUGUUCUUGCGAUAUGUUGAGAGUCCGCAUAUGAAAAAAUUAUAUGGUGACAAGAUUCGUAAAGAAGCCGGUGUCAUUAAGACAAUAAAGCGUGCCAAAUUUCUUCAAGGGAAAUUUGGUGAGGAUGUUGUUCAUGAGAUUCAGGCGGUUGAACGAAUCGUUAAAGAAGUUGCUGAAAAGAUUAUGAAAGAAACAGCUGAAGUUGCUGGUGUAUUUGUGCAAGCAGGUAAACCGAAACUGAAUGAAGUUGUAUCUGUGCUUAAGAUAUUUAGGGUUUCGAGGAAUAGAUUUAUGCUUAGUCAAAUUAAUAAGGGUAAUAAUCUUAAACAUUACUCAAUUGCGAUCUCACUUCCGGAAGAUAUGGCAGAUGAUAAUCGAAAAGCGAAACCAAUAGUAUUUGAGCUUGGAAAACCAAUACAUAUAUCAUGGACGGCACCCAAAAGUCAUUCACACCGAGAUUGGAUUGGAGUAUAUAAGGUCACUUCCAAUUCGUCUCAAGCAGUUACAGCCGUUUCAAGUAGAGGACGAUUUGUUUACGUGUCAUCUGAGGAAGAGGAUGGAGAAUCAAAUCUCCAUUCGACCGCAACUAUGGGUACCUACGAGUUUAGGUAUCAUCAUGAUAACAGAUAUGAUGUCAUGGCCAUUUCCCAGCCAUUCGAAAUUGUUGCGAAUUGCACAUCAGAUGAUCUUCAUGUUAUCGAACAAACAGUUCUCUCAUUAGUACAAAGGGUUCUUCUUGAUUCUGAUAGUAUACAUAUUGCAAACGAUGAAUUCUCUGAGAAUAAAAUUCCACGUACUACAAGUGAUGAUUACAUACUCAUGAAGGAAAUCCACGCCAAACGUAUUGUAUAUGGAAUUAAGAUGAUGUUUGGUGUAGAUUUUGCAUGGGAAGUUGUUAGUGUUGAUGCAAAUGUAGGAAGAUUAGCACAACGGAUAUAUAAAGCAAAACUUGCACUUAAACCAUUCCAAAUAGCGCAUCAACACGAAUAA